CUCCCCUCCCUACUGCCUUUCCAGUUUUCCCACCAUCUCAUAUGGGUGUCAUGGGUUUGACUCCCCCUUCGGCCGUGUGCUAUUUCUCAGGGACGCAAUAAGCUACUGCAGCUUAUCCAGGCAACAGAUAAUUCCCGAUCGCUUUUGAUCGUGACGUUGGAUAUAUUAAUCGUUACCGGCGUGAAGAUGACUCGUGCAGCUGUGCGCGUUCCCAGGCAACCUCAGUCAUGAACGCGCACUGAACGCGCUCACACUCCGUUUCAUUUCGUCUAUUAGAGCUGCUAAACAUGAUCGACUUUGGAAAGCUGAGCCUCAUUCAUUCAUAGACCGAAAACAGUAAAUCAAAGGUCAUUCAGAGUAACUGGAAAACAAAAGGAUUUUAUUCACAGCAUAUUUGUGGUUCUCGACAAGGCCUAGGCCAUGGGCGGAGCCAAGAGUAAACCCAAAGAGCUCGGCCAGCGCUCCCGGAGUCUGGACGAUGGCACCGGAGGACACCACUCUAGUCCCAACCAAUCAUCCUUCACGCCCAACCGAAGUCCGCCGGUGGACGGUACCAGACGCGGCACCCAGCCCCUCAUCAGCGCGGAGCAGGCACUGUUUGGAGGAGUCUCCACACCAAACAACAUCACAUCUCCUGACAGGGGUCCCAUGCUAGCAGGCGGCGUGACCACGUUUGUGGCUUUGUAUGACUACGAGUCACGAACCGCCUCUGAUUUGUCAUUCAGGAAAGGAGAACGACUCCAGAUUGUCAAUAACACGAGAAAGUCGAACUCCAGGGAGGGCGACUGGUGGCUGGCUCAUUCGCUGACGACGGGAAAGAAUGGAUACAUUCCCAGCAAUUACGUGGCACCAUCUGAUUCCAUCCAGGCUGAAGAUCAUCUCAGAUUGACUCUGGAGAAGAGAUGGUACUUUGGAAAGAUCACACGCAGGGACUCGGAGCGACUCCUUUUGAAUCUGGAGAACAGGAGAGGAACUUUCCUGGUCAGAGAGAGUGAGACAACCAAAGGUGCCUACUGUCUUUCUGUCCUGGAUUAUGACAAUGUCAAGGGCCUAAAUGUCAAACAUUACAAGAUCAGGAAGCUGGACAGCGGGGGAUUUUACAUCACAUCACGCACACAGUUCAAUACUUUACAGCAGCUGGUCAACCACUACCGCCAGCAUGCAGACGGCCUGUGUCACUGUCUGUCUGACGUGUGUCCAGUGCUUAAACCUCAGACUCAGGGUCUGGCACGGGACGCCUGGGAGAUCCCACGUGACUCCCUGAGACUGGAUGUCAAACUAGGCCAGGGCUGUUUCGGAGAGGUCUGGAUGGGCACUUGGAAUGGCACGACACGCGUGGCCAUCAAGACUCUGAAGCCUGGCACUAUGUCUCCCGAGGCCUUCCUGCAGGAAGCGCAGGUGAUGAAGAAACUCCGCCACGAGAAGCUGGUGCAGCUUUACGCCGUCGUCUCGGAGGAGCCCAUUUACAUCGUCACUGAGUACAUGGGACAAGGAAGCCUGUUAGAUUUCCUGAAGGGUGACAUGGGGAAAAUGCUGCGCUUGCCUCAGCUUGUGGAUAUGGCAUCUCAGAUCGCCUCUGGAAUGGCGUACGUGGAAAGAAUGAACUAUGUGCACAGGGACCUCCGGGCUGCCAACAUCCUGGUGGGUGAUAACCUGGUGUGUAAAGUCGCUGACUUUGGCCUCGCUCGACUCAUCGAGGACAACGAGUACACAGCCAGACAGGGAGCAAAGUUUCCCAUCAAGUGGACUGCGCCAGAGGCGGCUCUGUACGGCCGCUUCACCAUCAAAUCUGACGUGUGGUCGUUUGGGGUCUUACUGACGGAGCUGACGACCAAAGGCAGGGUGCCUUAUCCAGGUAUGGUGAACCGGGAGGUGCUGGACCAGGUGGAGCGCGGGUACAGGAUGCCCUGUCCCGCCGAGUGCCCGGACUCCCUGCACGAGCUCAUGCUGACCUGCUGGCGCAAGGAGCCCGAAGAGCGGCCGACCUUCGAGUACCUCCAGAGCUUCCUGGAAGACUACUUCACCUCCACUGAACCACAGUACCAGCCGGGCGAGAACCUCUAGAGAUCCUGAUCCAGCCAAGCGUGCAAGCAAUGAAAGAGAUAUCAUUUCCCCGACCAGGAAAUGAAUACAGUUUAUGCUUUGGGAAUUUUAUGGCAUAACCCAAACAAUAUUGAUCCACAUGGGAUGACAACCGAGCAUCCAGCUGUCUAAUUCAACCUGUUAGAAGCAACUUAAUGGGUUUUCAAAUGGUCUCCGUGUUACAGCAUCACCCUCUGUAAUUAUCAUUGCAUGUUUUCCACUGCUUUCAUCGCAGAUGAACUAAAAACAGGAAGCAUCAUUCGCAAAGAAGUUCACUACUUCAGCCGCGCAAUUUGCUGUUUGUGCUGAUAAUUAUGUCAAGCCUUUAUUUCCAAAGCUCUGCGGAUUGAUCUUUAGCUGUUUUUCUUGACCUCGAUGUACCACCGUCUUUCUCCUAAACCCUUUUAGCGGAUGCUCCAGAUCUGUCAUUCAUCCUCCUCCUCCUCCUCCUCCCACAAUCCCUCAUUUCUAUCCACUCCCAUCCCCCUUCAGACCCCCCAAAGCAUCAAGCUCCAUCAGCUCUGGUGUUCUUCACGAACCCUGCGACCCCGUUCACAAGCUCAGAUGGACCAGACGUGAUUGUCCAGUAGGAGGCGGCAUGUUGGGAGACAUCUGUGAUUGCAACUGAACGGACGUUCCGGUUAAUGUCUUCCAAUAGAUAUCCAGGGUGUGUAUCUGAACGUGGUAUUUUAUGCCUUUUACUGGUAGAAAAAUAGCUUUUUGUCCCACUAUGCUUGUUUAUUUCUUUUGUAUCAACCUGGAUCAACUGGAAUAAGAAUGUGAUUGGUCGAACACUAGUCACGUGACCGAUUAGGUGAAGGGAAAAAGCGUUCAGACUGAAAUUAUUGAAACGAAACAUUCUUCCUUUUGAUAUGAACUCGUACACAAUUGGAGAAUCGUACAGAAUGUUGUUUUCAUUUGAUACAGUUAUUCUACUCUUCUAGUAUUCAAAACAACUACUGAUAUAUAUAGCAUUGUUUUUGUUUAAAGCAGAGAUGGCUGUAUAGUCCAACUUUGUGUGCCAAUACAAAGAAAAAAAAAUGAAUUUUGUACUGUUUUAUUAUGUAUAAAAUGUAUUUUUAUUAAUGUCGUUUUUUUUGUAUCAAAGAGGAUGCGCAGGCUUUGUACCUAGAAUUUAAAGGAAUAGUUCACUGAAAAUUGUAAUAUAUCUUUCCAAACACAUGUGAAACACAAACUGAGACGUUUAGCUGAAUGUUCAUGCUGCUCUUUUCCAUACUUUUACAUUUAUUGCAUGGGGAAAAUGUCCGCUAAACGUCUCUCUUUGUAUCCUAUGGCAAAAAUAACAGUAUAAAAGUUUGGAACGACACGACAAUGAGUGAAUUAUGGCAUAAUUUUAAUUUUUACGUGAGCUAUUCCUUUUAACACUCAUGAAUAUUGUAUAAGAGAUGUCUCCUCAAAGCUUGUUAAAUGCUUGAAUUUCAAAAAAAAAAAAAAUCUUUUUCAGUUGUUUUAGCUUUUUUGAGACAAAUUCUGACACAAAGUUGCCAAUGUGUUAUAUGCAAAAUAGCCAUUGUUAUAUAUUGAGAUGAGAAGAGGGAGCUCAAUUCUAUCUUAACUACUUUACCAUCAUCAGAUCCACAGAAAGCCAUGAAUCCUGACUGUGAGGUGUUACGCAUUAGAAACCCAUCUUAGGUCAGUUACUGAGCGCUUAGCGAUAUGAGAUACCUGAAUAAAUAUUAUAAUCACUGCUGAGACAAUGUAGAAUGAACUAGAUUUGAAUUGUAGGGAUGUUGUACUGAUAUGAUGAUGGUUGCAUUGAGCAUACACCGUGUCCUAACCACACGCGACGCGAUAAGAUUCCAGCUACAAGCAAUUAGUCUGUCCACACCAGAUGUGACGCGAUUAUGAGACGUGAUAAAGCAAAGUCCCUUUAAGACAAGUCAUUUCAUUCGACAGCCAUCUUUGAAACGCCUCUUGGGAAUUCAAGUGAAGCUCCUAACUCUUUGAAUGGGGAAACAUCAAAUUCUCCAAAGCUGUUGGCCAAGCUUUCGAUUAAAUUUCAUAUUUGAAAUCACCAAUGAAAUCUGACAACAACUGUCUCAUAAAUUUUGUUUCUAAACUCUCAAAUCUUGACAAAAAAAACGGUAUUUUUCAGGCUGUAUCAAGCUAAUGCGCAUGCGUAGUCCUAAAUGCGCGUCCCUUGUGUCUCAUUUCGGAGGCGCUUCUAACUGUUUCUAUAGGAACCGGAGCUUCUAACGGCCGCUGCAGUGACGCGAUGACUUUACCAAUCGGAGAUUGGCUCUUAUUUAGAAGGUGGGACUUACCAUAUUGUGCAUUGCACUUUCUCCCAUUCAAAACAAUACGAGAAACAAGCGCGCCGCUAUAAUAUUGUCUUUGAACUUCCGUUUUUGCGGUAAAUCUGAGGUGAAUUGUCCAUUGUUACUUUCAGUUUGGCUAUAAAAGACACACAAAAUGAUAUUUAAACUCACAUUAGACGCUUUAACAUUAAGUAAAGUACAUAAACAGUACCUGAGAUUAUCGUUAUCAUAUUUUGUGUUGUUGUUCCAGCCGCGACGUCGCAGAAAAAUAGAAACCGAAUCGUUGCUCGUCGCCGUCGCGGCUAGUUAGGACAAAAAAUGGAAAAGAUGCCUUUUAUCACGUGUCUUGGCAUCGCAUCACGUCUGGUUAGGACACGGUGUAACGUAAAGGGUUUGGAACUGUGAAUAGUGGGUAACGUCAAGUCCUGACGAGUUGUCGCAGAAAAACGUCGCAACGUCGCAGAAAAAUAGAAACCGAAUCGUUGCUCGUCGCCGUCGCGGCUAGUUAGGACAAAAAAUGGAAAAGAUGCCUUUUAUCACGUGUCUUGGCAUCGCAUCACGUCUGGUUAGGACACGGUGUAACGUAAAGGGUUUGGAACUGUGAAUAGUGGGUAACGUCAAGUCCUGACGAGUUGUUUAGAAUGGCAUGCAGCUGUAAUCGCGGUACUUUAUAGCUGGUAGAUGUGUGACGCCUGUCGAUUAUACUGUGUAAAUACUUUAGUAUGGUUACUGUAAAUAUUCUUUGCAUAUUUAUUCAUAUUGCCUCAGUUUAUGAUCAGCAGAUCUUUGCUCGUUUCUCCCCGCAAGAUAAACGCUAAUGUUACACAUACAAAGAUGAUGGUGUUUCCACAAAGAACAUUCAAAUCUGUUUUUUUUUCUAAGAUAUGCAACUGAAAUGUAAUGCGAUUCGGCCAAUCACAGAACGGCAAGCCAUCAUGUUUUAGUUGCCGUGUAUUUAUUUAAAAUCUCUCUUUGUUUUAGCCUUUUGUGUUUACUUUAAUUUUAAAGUAAAAUACCUUUAAGAAUCUUUUUUUGUGUGUGUGUGACUCGCUGCACACUUAAGUACUGUGUUUUAUUGUUUCUUUUUAAUUCUUGCAAUAAAUCUGCUGUUGAUUUUGACAGGUAGUUACUGCAAAGUUAAACUGCACUGUAUGCAUCGAUAUGAGCGAAAUGUGACUUACUGAGGAUAUCUGACAUGUCCAUGGACAGUGUUCUUGAUCCUGGGUGAAAUGACGGCUUAUGUGUUGAACUGGAAAAUAAAAUAAUCACAAAGAAAAUUAAUCAGAUCUACAAGUAACCAGACUAUUAGUGCAACCCCAUGUAAUGCAUUCAAACUAUGCAGUUGUUUUCUAUGAGUUGCGUGUCUAUUUUAACUGCAGUUGCUCACAAUCAAAUUCCAGGUACUUUUUUCCCCAGUGUACAAUUCUGCAAUGAUCAGUUUCAAAGUAAGAAAUAACACUGAAAUGAGAUUUGUACUUUAAAAAUGUAUGACAUGGUGUUAUCUUUUUUUUUCUUUUUUUUUUUUAAGUGCAAUAAACUGUGUUUCUAAAGCUUG